ACCAAGUCACAACAACAAACACUAAACUACGAAGAUUUCCACAGUACUUCCAACUUCUCAAGCUUUGUUUCAUUCUCUUCCUUCUUUUUUCACAACACUACCACUCUCAAAACACCAUGGCUCCUAACAUCACCACCGUUUCAACCAAAACCACCACCGCUCAAGCCAAAGGCACCGGUGACCGUGCUUUUGUGACCUUCCUGGCCGGUAACGGUGACUACGUGAAGGGGGUUGUUGGCUUGGCCAAAGGGUUAAGAAAAGCCAAGACCAUGUACCCUCUUGUGGUUGCAGUGUUACCUGAUGUUCCGGCGGAGCACCGUAAGAUCCUCACCUCCCAAGGCUGCAUUGUUCGAGAGAUCGAACCUGUUUACCCUCCAGAGAAUCAGACCCAGUUCGCCAUGGCGUAUUAUGUCAUCAACUACUCCAAACUACGUAUAUGGGAGUUUGUGGAGUAUAGCAAGAUGAUUUACUUAGACGGUGACAUCCAAGUGUUUGAAAACAUUGAUCACCUGUUUGAUUUGCCCAACAAUUAUUUCUAUGCGGUGAAGGACUGUUUCUGUGAGCCCAGUUGGCGCCACACCAAGCAGUACCAGAUCGGUUACUGCCAGCAGUGCCCUGAUAAGGUUCAGUGGCCUAAAAAUUUUGGGCCUAAGCCUCCUCUGUAUUUCAAUGCUGGCAUGUUUGUUUAUGAGCCCAAUCUUACUACCUACCGUGACCUCCUUCAAACUGUCCAAGUCACCAAGCCCACUUCAUUUGCUGAGCAGGAUUUCUUGAACAUGUACUUCAAGGACAAGUACAGGCCCAUACCAAAUGUUUACAAUCUUGUGCUGGCCAUGCUGUGGCGUCACCCUGAGAAUGUUGAGCUUGACAAAGUGAAAGUGGUUCACUAUUGUGCUGCUGGAUCUAAGCCUUGGAGGUAUACUGGAGAAGAGGAGAACAUGGAGAGAGAAGACAUCAAGAUGCUGGUGAAGAAGUGGUGGGACAUAUAUGAUGAUGAGAGUUUGGAUUACAACAAUACCGUCAAUGAGGAUCGUUUCACGGCGGCGCUUCUGGAGGCUGGUGGUGUCAAGUUUAUCCCCGCCCCAUCCGCCGCUUAGUGUGCUUUUAUAUACUUAUCAAGCGCAAAAUAUGCAUCAAUCUCCUAGGAUAAGGGAAUAUUAUGAACAAUUAAGCUUAAGUUAUGUAUUUAUUAGUAAUUAAGAGGACCAUUUUUACGAGCCCUUUUUAUUUUUCUUGUAUCAACUUGGUGUGAAUAUCCUUAGUUUUAUAAAGGGGAUAUCUUUAUUAUAGAUUAUAUAUAUGUUUUAUAUCGGUA